GUGGAAACCUGUUUGCCCUGACUGUGUUGCUGGUGCUGUGUGUGAUUGGAGGCCGGCUCAUACAGUACAUCAAACUACCUCCACUCCUGGGAAUGCUGAUUGUAGGCAUCUUGCUGCGGAACAUUCCUGGCAUCAUGAUCGGCAGCUGGAUUGAUCCGGUCUGGGCAUCGUCUAUCCGCCUUGUCGCCCUGACUGUCAUUCUCAUCCGAGCAGGUUUGGGUCUGGACCCAGUCCAGCUACGGAGGCUGAGCUGGACAGUGCUGCUGCUGGCCUUCCUGCCGUGUGUGGUGGAGGCCUCCACUCUGGCCGUAGUCACUCAUUUCCUGCUGGACUUCCCCUGGCUCUGGGGCUUUAUGCUGGGGUUUGUGCUGGCUGCAGUGUCCCCAGCAGUGGUGGUCCCCUCCAUGUUAUGGCUACAGGAGCUGGGGUUAGGGGUAGACCAGGGCAUCCCCACACUAGUCAUUGCCUCUGGUAGCGUAGAUGACGUCCUGGCUAUCACGGGAUUCGCAGUGUGUCUUGGCAUCACAUUCACCACCGGUAACCUUGUGUUCACAAUCUUUCGAGGCCCCCUAGAGCUCCUGAUGGGAAUUGCAGGAGGCACCCUGGCAGGUAUCUUCCUGUGGUACUUCCCAAGUAAAGAUCAGAAAGGAGUCCCCAGAGUGCGGGUGUGGAUGGUGUUGGGAACAGGCCUGUUGUUUGACUAGUUUGUAUUAAUGUUACAGAAUGGAGUCACCAGAGUGCGGGUGUGGAUGGUGUUGGGAACAGGCCUGUUGUUUGACAAGUUUGUAUUAAUGUUACAGAAAGGAGUCCCCAGAGUGCGGGUGUGGAUGGUGUUGGGAACAGGCCUGUUGUUUGACUAGUUUGUAUUCAUGUUACAGAAAGGAGUCCCCAGAGUGCGGGUGU